UCCAACGACAAAACAUCAACAACUGAAUCCUGAAUUCCUGAGACUGAAUCCAAUCGCAUUAGUUUUAUCCUGAGGUUUUAUCCAUGAAAAUAUACAAGUUUUAUCAAAUUAGUUUUAUUAUAACAGCUUAAUAUAAAACAAUGUUUCGUUCAUCCACCGAGGUGAUUGAUCGUGGGCUGGGCACCGUGAAUACGAAAGAAAAUUACGAUGACGAAAUGUAUAGUUGUGAUAAAUGUUCUGAAGGAGACUGGUACAGUGAAACAGAAGUAGAAUGCCAUAAACAGAAGAGACACAAGAAGGAAUUGUUAAAUUUGUUGCAUGGGAACUCCGAAAAUCUGUGUAAAAUGUGCCUCCAAAUAUUUGAAGAUAGAGACGAACUUAUAAAGCACAUAAAAACCGAUCAUCUAUUAAGUUCCGAAGAUGCAACGCGUGUCGAACGAGAAAUAUUCAUAUGUGAUGAGUGUCAUUGCAUAUUCUUCAAUAAGAGACACUUAGCCUUACACAUAAUAUACCAUCACUACAGAGUUCGCGGGCAAAUGCGUGUCGAAUGUCCAAAAUGCGAGAAAUUCAUAAGAAUAAGGACUCUCUGGUUCCAUUUCCUAGUGCACAAAAUACAGAGUGUCGCCAGCUGCAAAAUAUGCUUCUACAAGUGUAAAAACAGGCAACACUUGCGGGAACACGUCAAAAGUCACCCGAAACAUUUGUACUGUGCUAUAUGCCAGUAUGAGACAAAGAAAGAAGAUCUAUUCAAGCAGCAUUUAGCGUUGAAACAUAAGAAUAGCAAUGCAAUAGCUUGCAAUCCACAGCCGUAUUUUGUGCCGAAGUAUGCAGAGGUUAGAAUGCCGAAAUUAUCGUCGUUUCUGGGUCUCUCUUUAACAAACAAUGUUCGUUUGUGUGUUUUGUGUAGAGAGAUAUGUGUAGGUGAUUGUGAAAUGCACGAACAUAUUAAAGUACAUAUGUCAGGAGAGAAAAUAUUGUCUAAGUUGUAUAGUUGUGUUUGCGGUGAGCAGUUUUUUAAUAAAGUGCUCUUAAAACACCAUAUCUUUAAAUUGAAAGGUAUUCAUAGAGAAAAAGACGUAAAGAAGCAUUGAGUUUAUUAUUAUAUUAUUUAGGUGUUUAAGUUUAUUUUAGAUGUAUGUCGAGAUAUUCUGUAAUAGUAAAUGAUAUUAUAAAUAAAAAAAUACAUAAGUUGAAAGGGCUCCAGGAGCAGCCCAUUAUAAGGUGGCUAAAUAGCCAGAUUUGCCUUGAAUUGUCGCUUUUUUUUUAAACUGAAUCAUGCUGUCUUACUUUGAUAAUGUAUUGUGUGUGCGUUAGUGUGCCUUUUUAGAAAAAAAUUAUGACGUGUUGGUAUUUACACAUUUUUACUUAUAAUAUCAUUGGUAAUAGUUUUGCUAGCAAUAAUAUUUUGUACUAUUUUAAAUAAAUAUUUUAAUCGUAAUCACCUGUUAAAAUCAACUGUUUUUAUAUAUUAUAAGAAAAAUUUGGCGUCAAAAAUCCGCCAUUUUUUUGUUUAUUCAUAGACAGUGUCAUAGAUAAAAAGAUGACAAGUAACUACUUUAUAUUUUAAAAAAAUCAAAUUGAUUAGGCUGUAACGAAGUUUUUAAUUAUUGCAAUAAAUAUAGGGAUUUUUCACCAUUUUUGUAAGCUGCUAAUCUGUGGCAUCACAAAGUAGGUAAGUAUAUCAACUAUAAGGCAUAUUAUUUAUUUUAAAUAAUUUCAAAAAAUGUUCCAUGCAAAUAUG